AUGGAACACCAUUAUACGACAACGGUGCGUGAUGCCUGGGGCCUUUGUUUAUUAACAUUUCAAAAUUUAAUGCGGAUCCAUCGUCGUAUUCAACCAGUAACAGAUGGUGGUGCGAGAAAUGCUUUACAAAUAAAAGUCAAACAACGUGAUCGGCAAUUAAUUUCAAUGCUGUUAGCUGAAGUGCAAAUUUUUCAUGCUGAUUACGAAUUUAAUAUUGAUAUUGAUAUGAGUGUUGCGUUUAGUAAUGUUGUCUCCAUCCCGAAGCGCAAAGACCGUCCCGUGAUAAAGAAAACCAUUCAUAAUACUCGUAAAGUCGAACAGAAACAAAAGAAGACUUUUUAUUGCUCCGAUAGUCAAUCAAAUGACGUGAGAAAACAAGAACAUGAAGAUGAUGAGGAACAAAAGGAGAGCAUCUCGUAUGUUGUGCAAGAGAACAAAUGA